AUGGAUGGGGCUGUCGCUGACUCACUGCAGCCCAGAUGGUCCACUGUGUCAGGGGAGAGGUGCUGGACAGGAGGCCCCCCUGACGUCACUCUGAGGCGGGCCAAAACCAGAACCAAGACCGACUACUGGUUCUGGUUUUUGGUGAUCGCAGUCGACGGGAGUAAGAUGGAUGAGAUCGGAGCGUUUUAA